UUGAAAACAUCAUCCAAACGCCUUCACUGCUCCUCACAACAUCAGCUAAACAGCUCCAACCAGCUUUCAACAUGAAGUCUGUCAUCGCUCUCGUUCUGAUCGCCGCCUGUGCCAGCCAGGUCUACUCAGCUUGCCCCAAAACGUACCCCAAGUACAGCCACAAAGUAGCGACUCCGGAAGAGCUCGGUGUUGUCGGUCAUCAUUACGGUUACCCAGCCGGUUACCCAGCCGGUUACUAUCCCGGUUUGGCUUACCCCCACGGUCCUGCCUACUACCCAUACGCGCCAUCCUGUAACAAGGGUCCUGUUGUUGUCAACUACAACCACCCGUCUGUUUCUUCCUACAAGCGUCCCGGACCCUGCAGCUGUGGAAACUGUCUUUCCUGCAAAGCCCGCCCAGAAAACCUGUACUACUCGGAGCCCCUCAAUCCUACCUUCCAUUACUAG